AUGGACCAUAACCUGCUUGGGAAGGAAUCUCAGGUCCAGCCCGUCUUCCCUGGGCACACGAGCCAAGUGGGAUCUUUAGUUCGGAGCCAUCAAAGAAAGAGACAGAGGUCUGGUUCAGUCGGCUCCAAAUUAAAAACAGGCAGCCACUUUUCUGCUGAGCUUCCGCCUAGUGUCUCCAGCAAUAACCGGGAGCCUGAAUUGCUCGAGCCUGUCUGGGGAGACCUGAGUUUAGACAGGCGCAUCUAUCACCAGGGUGGGGAGCUCCUCCUCGUUGGAAACGAGGAGCCGGUAGAGAUAGUGAUCAGCGACGAUGAAGACGAUGCCUUCUUUGAAGCCGUCGUUCGAUCUGCUCAGAUGGAGGAGGAUGAAAUGCUGGCAAGACAUCUCCAGGCUCAGUUUGAUAGAGAGGAACAGCUGGAUCAGGACUCAUUAUCCAGGAGAUCAACACAGAGGUCCCAUCCAUCUGCACAGAAUGGAAGACUUGACUACAAUCUUCAUUUUCAUCCAAUGCUAACUGCCAACCAUUUUGUUGCCACCUUUCCUCAGUUAUCAGGAUUGGGUGAGAACAGGGCAAGCAGACAGCGGCAUGGACGACCCAGACAAACACAGAACGCAGUCCAGAACUUGUUUGAUGACAGUCAGGGAAACAAUUAUGAGGCAAUUCUAGCUUUUGAGGAUCAUCAGGGCGCAGUCGUUAGCAAGCCCAAAUUGAGUAAGAGAGAGAUUGAACGCCUGCCAACCAAACCUUUCAACCCUGCCUAUAGUGCUGGAAAGACUGAGUGUCAGAUCUGCUUCUCUGACUACAGGGAGGGGGAACAGCUCAGGGUGCUUCCGUGUCUUCAUGAUUACCACGCAAAAUGUAUUGAUCGCUGGUUGAAGGAAAAUGCAAGUUGUCCUGUUUGCAGAGUGGAUGUUACAAUUAUGUGACUUGUGACACGGAAGAAUUUCUGGGUUUUAACCUCAUCAGUGUAAGACACCAGCCUUAACUCAAUUUAUACCAGUGGAUGGUGGACAGUUCUGAAAAAGAUAACUGAUACCUCGCUAUUGCAACACUUUUGUAUUCUAGUUUUUGACAUUUUUACUCAAGUGUACAUUCAUGUGCAAUGUUCCAAAUACUUUAUAAUGUGGUCUGUUUUAAAGUGUGAUGCAAGAAUAAACAUUUAAAAACUG